AUGAUGGCGGAUACCAAAUCUAAAGCACUUCAGGAGAAAGAAAAGGGCAAUGAAGCCUACAAAAAGAGGGAUUUUGAGGCAGCACUGAAACACUACGAUGCAGCCUUUCAGCUAGACCCCACUAAUAUAACUGUCCUGACCAACAAAGCCGCUGUCUAUUACGAGCAAGGCAACCUCGAUGAGUGUAUUAAGACAUGCGAGCAGGCUGUGGAUAUAGGCAGGGAGAACAGGGCCGACUUCCAGUCAAUCGCAAAAGCUAUGGCCAGGAUAGCAAACGCAUAUUUGAAGAAGAACGAGCUUGACCAAGCACUGUUGUACUACAACAAGAGUUUAUCGGAGCACAGGGCGCCAGAUAUUGUCAAGAAAGUUCAGGAGGUUCAGCAAAAGAUCAAGGAGAGGGAUAGGUUAGCAUAUGUCAACCCUGAGUUGUCUUUGCAGGAGAAAGAGAAAGGAAACGCCGCAUUCAAAGAGGGUAACUACCCGGUGGCCGUGCAGCACUAUUCAGAAGCUAUCAAGCGCAACCCUGACGAUGCAAAGCUCUACAGCAACCGUGCCGCCUGCUACACAAAGCUCAUGGAGUUUGCCUUGGCACUGAAAGAUAGCGAGGAAUGUAUAAAAUUAGACCCCACUUUUGUCAAAGGGUACCUAAGAAAAGGUGCCAUUUUACUUGCUAUGAAGGAGCCAACAAAGGCAACAGUUGCAUACCAGAAGGCUUUGGAGUUGGAUCCAAACAAUGCUGAAGCUCUGGAAGGUUAUAGGAAAGCUCUCAUGCUAGAAAAUGAAGACCCAGAAGCCGUGAAACAAAAGGCCAUGUCCAACCCUGAGGUCCAGCAGAUCCUGAGUGACCCGGCCAUGCAGAUGAUUUUAGCACAGAUGUCUAAGGAUCCCAAAGCAGCUAGAGAGCAUCUGAAAAACCCAGAAGUUGCUGCCAAAAUACAGAAGCUGAUGGAAAAUGGCAUUGUUUCAUUACACUGA